UGGAGAGACAAAAAAAAAAAAGAUAAGGUCUAGCAAUAAUACCCACUGUCGCAGAUUUCACAGGAUGUCUGCUUCCACUGAGGCCCCCAGGCAAUUCAGCCAACCAUCCCGUAAGGGUAAGAAAGCCUGGCGCAAAAAUGUUGACAUUACGGAGGUGCAAGAAGGCCUCCGCCUCUUGAAAGAUGAGGAGAUCAAAGGAGGUGUUAUUGCUGAGAAGCCUUCCGACGAGCUGUUCGUCAUCGAUACCACCGGUUCAGCAGAAGUCCGCCAGGCAAUUCAGAAGAAGCGCAAGCUUCUGAAGUCGGAGGAAAUUAUCGCGCAGCGCUCUGCGAUCCCUGCCGUGGAUACACGCACGCGGGCGAACUCGAAGGUGACGGACGGGGUUCUCGAACCGAAGAACAAGAGGCAAAAGAGCGACUGGGUUACUCGGAAGGAUUGGUUGCGCUUGAAGCAGGUAGCCAAGGAGGGCAAGCCCGUCAACAAGACUGAAAGCGAGCUGUACGACCCUUGGGCUGACGCAGAGGACACAACCCGCUACGAUGACCCUAAAUUCGAUUUCCUGGAGAAGCCGAAGCAGAAAGUCGAGCCCGUGACCCUGAAGCACGCUCCUAUCUCCCUCGCUGCAAACGGCAAACCCAUCCCUGCAGUUCGCGCUCCGACCGCUGGUACGAGUUACAAUCCUACCUUUGAAGACUGGGACAAGCUCCUACAAGAGCAAGGUCAGAAGGCAGUUGACGCCGAGAAAAAGCGCUUGGAGGAAGAGCGCAAAGAACAAGAGAGACAACGGUUGAUCGCCGAGGCUAAAGAUGAUGACGGUAUGGUGAAAUCAGAUGAUGAGAGUGCUUGGGAAGGGUUCGAGAGUGAAUACGAGAAGCCCGAAUGGCUGAACAAGAAGCGCCCGCAACGGAAGACGAAGACAGAGAGGAACAGGAUCAAGAGACGUAAGGAGGCUGAGCGGCAAGCGAAGUGGGAGGCUCAAAUGAAGAAGAAACAAGAGCAGUAUGCGCGGGCCAAUCUCGGCCCUGAAGAUGUUGAAGCACAGGAGCUUGAGCUUGCCGAGCAAUCAGAAAGCUCUACCGAUGAAGGUGAUGAUACUGCUCUGCGCCGCAGACCUCUUGGAAAGCUACAUGCCCCUGAGAAGCCGUUGGAGGUUGUACUACCGGAUGAGCUCCAAGAUUCGUUGCGUCUGCUCAAGCCUGAGGGCAACUUGCUUGAUGACAGAUUCCGGACCCUGGUCGUUCAGGGAAAGUUGGAGGCUCGCAAACCGGUGACACAGGUCAAGAAGCCCAAGAGGAAGAUUACGGAGAAAUGGUCUCACAAGGACUUCAAGGUCCCCGGCUUUAAUUGGAAGAAACUCCAGGGGGCGCUAAAGCAAGAGAAAGCCCCCGCCACUAAGCGCAAGAUCUCAGACCGCGAAACGCAGAAUGCUACAGUGAAGAAACGCCGGACCGACGCAGCCGAUACGAAACCCAAGUUUGAACGCAAGAAGGCCACACUCAGGAAGAAGAGCAGCAUGUUUAAAAGCGCCGAGGACGGAGGUCAGGAGGUUAUCGCAGCAGAUGCUUCUAAACCGAGAUCGCGGAGGAAUUCCGCCGCAGCGGCCGUGGAAUCGAAAACUUCCAAAGUCAACGAGGGCCGUUCACCAACUGCGGAGCUGGGAAAAUAUGUUGCGAUGGAUUGCGAAAUGGUGGGCGUCGGCCCCAAUCCCGAUAACGACUCUGCCCUUGCGCGCGUCAGUAUUGUCAACUUCAACGGCGAACAGCUUUACGAUUCGUAUGUCAGACCGAUGGAAAUGGUCACGGACUGGCGAACGCACGUCAGUGGUAUACUUCCGAAGCACAUGGUCAAUGCGCGGUCACUCGAGCAAGUCCAAAAAGAGGUCACGGAAAUUCUCAGUGGACGUAUACUUGUAGGACACGCAGUGAGCAACGACUUGGAUGCUCUUCUUCUGAGCCACCCCAAGCGCGACAUCAGGGACACCAGCAAGCACCCUCCCUACCGAAAGAUAGCUGGCGGGGGCUCUCCUCGCUUGAAGAUGCUGGCUUCGGAGUUUCUGGGCUUGAAAAUUCAAGACGGAGCCCACUCUAGUGUGGAAGAUGCCAAGGCUACAAUGCUCCUCUACCGACGGGACAAGGACACUUUUGAACGCGAACACCUGAAGAAAUGGCCGGUGCGCGUGGUAGUCGAGAAGGAGCAGGGUGACGAUCAGAAGAAGAAAAAGAAGAAGAAGAAGAAGACCCGUAAGAGGUGAUCGAGUUGUCUUGAUGAGUCGGCACGAUCUGUCUUUAAUAUACCCCAGCUUAUGAAGUUCCAAGCCUCCUCUACAUCUGAGGCUUUUUUGAGUAUAU